CGUGGGUGCCGCGGAAGCACCAGAUCACCACCACAGGGAUGAUUCGAGAUGGACAGUGCGACGACCGCUUGUGAUGAUAUUCUAGCUUUCGAGGAAUUAUUGAAGAACAGUCGGAAGUUGGAUGACAACAUCAUCCAUGCACUGAAUACCACCAUCCCGACUCAAAGUUUCGUUGGUGAGAAGGACGCGACCAAAACAUGUAAAGAUCUACACGCUCAGCUCGAGGACGUUUCCACGUCGCGUAGGAAAGCAAUUCAAGGAUGCAUCGAAAUUAGCGAAGGCCGCGUGCAGGAGCUGAGAACAGCGAAGAACAAAUCUCCCGACGACGUGAAUGUGUUGAAGGCUCUUCGGAAGGAGCAAACGAAGUUCCGUCUCCUGCAGUCUGAGCUCGGUGUGGAAGAGGUCAUAAGGAGCCGGACCUAUAAAGCCUUCCAUGAAAGAUGUCGCUGGUACUACAACCCCUAGUCGGGCUUGGCAUGAUGCGAAUCUUCAGCGAGGAGUAUUUUUGUAGCCGAUGAACUCAUGUGUGCGUCUUGAAUGCGCUCUAGGAAAAUUUUAAUAAAUUGUAGUGAGCGUUUUUUCACGAAAAAG